CACUGGCCAAGGUGGAGCAGUUUUUUCUUUGUGCACGUAUUUCUUUUCCCCUAGAUUUCAGUCACUUAACUAAAUCGAAGUCUCGACGACGUGUGCAGCAUUAGCCACAUUACGGACUCAAACAUCAGUCAUCUUCAAGUCUGGGCACGCGUUGAAGUUUUGUCGCCUACUUUAGGCUAGCUUAGCUGGCCAACCGCUUACAAAACUGCAAGGCACGUCGUCAAGCGGAAGUGAGGAAUAUGUUCGCGAGAACUACACCGGCUGCAGAAAGGUUCCAAAUGGAACUUUGCGAAGUAAAAGAGCAGCCCCCAUGUCACCAAGAAUCGACUGUGUGCAAAAUAAUGCACGCAAAGGUUGUUCUUCGCAGACUCGAAGAUCUAUAUGUCAGCCAAGCCCAAUGUCUUGAGCAUCAGGAGUCUUUAUGCGUCAAGGAGGAGUCGCCAUACAUCAAGGAGGAGGAGGAGUCCGUUCCCAUUAAAGAUCUAUAUGUCAGCCAAGCCCAUCGUCUUGGGCACCAGGAGUCUGCAUGCAUCAAGGGGGAGGAGGAGGAAGAGUCGCCAUACAUCAAGGAGGAAGAAUACGUUCACAUUAAAGGUUUCAGAAAAUAUCUUGGUGCUGAGGAGGAGCCAGAAUCUCAAGGCGUUAAAGGGCAUGUUGAGCUCCCCCAAAUAAAAGAGGAGGAGCCAGAGCCCUGUCAACAGAAGGAGAAAGAAGAUCAAAUUCAAAUCAAAAAGGAGGAGGAAGAGCUGCCUUCUGUUAAAGAGGAGGAAGGUAGCACCAGGUCGACUGGUGAGCCCUUGAAGAGUGAAGAUGGUCUGAGUGAGGCCAGCAGAGGUGCACAGCCUGCAAGCAGCAGCAUCUCAACAAAAGGAUUGCAAGCAGACAUUUUCAUCGCUCCGUCAGACAGAAAUGGCGCCACGUCACACUCGCCUGACGAUGAUGGUCAUAACAAAUCUCACGGUGACGAAAAACUUUGCAAAUGCUCUCAGUGUGGGAAAAUCUUUGCGAAUAAGAAAACUUGUUGUAUGCAAAUGAGAAGCCACACUGGUGAAAAACCUUUUGCCUGCUCAGUUUGUGGUCGAAGUUUCACUCUAAAAUAUAGCUUGAAAAUACACACAAGAAUCCACACUGGCGAAAAACCUUUUCCCUGCUCAGUUUGUGGUCAAAGAUUCGCUCAUAAAAAAACCUUACAAACUCACGAAAGAACCCACACCGGUGAAAAACCUUUUUCCUGCUCGGUUUGUGAUCAAAGAUUUGCUCAGAAGCAACACUUAAAACGACACACAAGAACCCACACUGGCGAAAAACCUUUUACCUGCUCAGUUUGUGGUCACGGAUUUGCUAAUAAGCAAAACUUACAAAGUCACGUAACAACCCACACUGGCGAAAAACCUUUUUCCUGCUCAGUUUGUAAUCAAAGGUUUUCUCAUAAGCAAAACUUAAAACGUCACGAAGAAACCCACACUGGCAAAACUUUUUCCUGCUCUGUUUGUGGUCAAAGAUUCAGUCACAAAAUCACCUUAAAACGACACACAAGAACCCACACUGGCGAAAAACCUUUUGCCUGCUCAGUUUGUGCUCAAAGAUUCAGACACAAGAGCAACUUAAAAAUACACGUAAGAACCCACACUGGCGAAAAACCUUUUUCCUGCUCUGUUUGUGGUCAGAGAUUCAGACAUGGGAGCAACUUAAAAAUACACACAAGAACCCACACUGGUGAAAAACCUUUUUCCUGCUCAGUUUGUGAUCAAAGGUUCUCUCAGAAGCAAAACUUUAAAUGUCACGAAAGAACCCACACUGGUGAAAAACCUUUUUCCUGCUCGGUUUGUGGUCAAAGAUUCAGUCUUAAGGUCAAAUUAAAACGACACACAAGAACCCACAUUGGCGAAAAACCUUUUGCCUUUGCGUUCUCGCCCCCCGAUCGCGAACCGCCCCGUCUCGGUGAAGAAAAGAAAAUCGGCCUAUCUCAGUCUGGAAACGCAAACGCGGAAACGAAACGAGAGCAGACGGCUCUUAGCAGUGGAUCACUCAGCUCGUGCGUUGAUGACGAACGCAGCUAGCUGCGAGACCUAAUGUGAAUUGCUGGACACAUUGAUCAUCGACACUUUGUUUAUUUGUGGUCACGGAUUUGCUCAAAAGCAAAACUUACAAAGGCACGAAAGAACCCACUCUGGCGAAAAACCUUUUUCCUGCUCAGUUUGUGGAAAGACAUACAGUCAGAAGAGCAACUUAAAAAUGCACGCAAGAAUCCACACUGUUGAAAAACCUUUUUCGCUCGGAAGGAUCGGAUAA